AGUGUGCAAGUAACCCAUGUCAACAUAAUAGUACUUGUAUUGAUGUAGUCGAAGGUUACAAGUGUUCCUGCGGACCAGGAUUAACUGGUAUACACUGUGAAACUGAUGUCAAUGAGUGUGCAAACAAUCCUUGUCAAUAUGGCGGUACGUGUCAUAAUAAGUUCAAUGGUUAUACAUGUUCAUGUGCUCCUGGAUUCACCGGAGAAAAUUGCAUCGGUGACGUUGAUGAAUGUACAAGUGACCCAUGUCAGAAUAGAGGGACUUGUAUAAACUUGUUGAACGGAUACAGAUGUCUCUGUCUAAAUGGCGACACAGGAGUUCACUGCGAAAUGAGACAUGAAAUAGUGUUAUCUCCAAGUAUUAUCCUAUCACCAGAAAGAAGUAUUCAAGAAGGAACAGGUCGUUUUGUUUUACCCUGUUUUGCAGAGGGAAUUCCCCUUCCAAAAGUAAAAUGGGAAUCCAUUGAAGCAAAGCUACAGUCAAAUGUUAAACAGGUUGACCAUUAUUUAGUCAUACGAAAUGUUACAAUUGCCGACUCAGGGUAUUAUAUGUGUACAGCAACAAACAGAGCGGGUACCGAUAUUAAAAUAAUACAUAUAAAUGUCAAUGCAAAACAUCAUCUGCAGGUUGCACCUAAGAUUACAGCACUCUCCGAGGUUGAGGUUAACUAUUAUGCUGACGCAAAAUUGGUAUGCAAUGUUACUGGUGUUCCUACACCUCGAAUAAAAUGGAAAUUUAGUAACAAAACAUUACCGUCAACAAGUUCAACACUGAUUUUACUAAGAGCGACAAAUGAAACGGCAGGAAUAUAUACAUGUAUUGCAACAAAUGAUGUUGGAACUAGUCAAGCUGAUAUCAAGCUCAAAGUCACGUUCGAUAAACCAAAGAUAGUGUCUCCUCUCUUAACGACAGUUUGCAAGGCUGGUGAAUCCCGUAAUUUCACGUGCAAAGCCACUGCACAUCCCACUCCAGAAAUAUCAUGGUCAUUUAAUUCCUUUGUUGACCAUUCAUCGGUAUUACCAAAGAAUGUCCAGUUUAAAAAUGGCACAGUAAUAAAACUAGUUAAUAUGCAGACCUCAGGAAUUUUGUCCUGUACAGCGACAAACGAGUUUGGUACAGAUAAUAAAUCAGCAAACGUUAUUGUUAGACACGAUCCAGAUGUUAUUGGUUGACCGAAAAAAAACAAUCGUAGAAAGAAGAAAAAUAAAUAUGACGUUCUCAUUAUUUGUCAUAUUAUGCAAAAGCCUAUCUUGUUUCUAAUAUAUAUCAUUUAACAGUAUGUUUGUUGUUUUUCGUAAACCCACUUGAUGUUUGAGGUUUGCAGUGCAUUAUGUAACAUGUGUAAGCACAUAAGGUAUGUACUUUUUAGGUACUCUAUCCAAAUGCAUAUAUAUAUAA